AUGUUAGAAGUUCGCUGCUCCGGAACGCCAUAUGAAAUUGGCCAUCGACAUGGUACCGCCGCUAAAGACAAAGUAAAUGGAUCUAUCUCAUUUUACGAAGACCUCUUCCAAGAAACAUGUUCUAUGAACUGGGGAGCUGUUCGUCAAGAAGCUGAAAAGUAUAUCGAGCCUCUACGAAGGAUAUCUCUUCGACACGUCGAGGAAAUGCAAGGUCUAGCUGACGGUGCUGGUGUUGACCUCCUGGAUAUUAUUGCACUGAAUGUCAGGACUGAAAUCACCUUCAGUCUCUAUACAGAUGACGCUACUACUCCAAUCCAAACUGACGGCUGCACUGGUGUUGCAUACCGACAACCCAACGGCCAAAUGCUCCUGGCGCAGAACUGGGAUUGGCAACCUAAACAGUCGCCAAAUCUUCUCAUCUGCCAUAUUUCUCAACCUGGAACAGACAUGCCCAACAUCUCGAUGGUUACCGAGGCGGGUGUGAUAGGCAAGAUUGGUAUCAAUUCUGCCGGAGUCGGAACGGUCCUCAACGCAAUCCGAGCUCGCGGUGUUGAUAACACUAAACUUCCGAUCCAUCUCGCUCUUAGGACAGCCCUAGAAUCUAGAUCAGCACGAGAAGCUGCGGGCAAACUAUACAAGUUGGGAACAGCUGGCAGUGGGCAUAUCCUUGUGUCGGAUCCACGAGAGGCUCUAGGUCUGGAGUGCACCAGUAUUGGGAUUAAAGAGAUCAACUUGGACAGCAGCGGGGCUCUAGUUCAUACAAACCAUUUGCUUCUCGAACAUCCUGGGGUCGACGAGCCAGGCUGGUUGCCGGAUUCCAAGGUGCGCUUUGCACGCAUGUCUGAGCUUGUACAAGACAAACUUGCCUCAGACAGUAUCAACCAUGAUUCCUUGUUUGAGUUAUUCAAGGAUGAACAAGGAUACCCGGCGUCGAUCAAUCGCGAUGUGACUGCACACAGAGACGGGACAACUACUUUGUUUAACAUCAACAUGGACUUGGCGAAAGGAAAGGCGAUGGUUAGUAUGGGGAGACCAACGAACUGGACUGAGAGACUAGUGUUGUCACCUUAG